UCUCCUGUUUCAUUUCAUUUACAAAUCGGAAGUCGGAACAAUGGCGGGAAGAGGAAAAUCCAUCGGUUCUGCUGCCGUAACCAAGAAGUCAACAUCGCGAAGCAGCAAGGCGGGACUCCAGUUUCCCGUCGGUCGAAUCGCUCGUUUCCUCAGAUCUGGAAAGUACUCUGAACGGAUCGGAGGCGGUGCGCCGGUGUAUCUGGCUGCCGUGAUGGAGUACCUUGCGGCGGAGGUAUUGGAGUUAGCUGGAAAUGCUGCCAGAGACAACAAGAAGACUCGAGUUGUGCCGCGUCAUAUACAAUUGGCCGUGAGGAACGAUGAAGAACUGAGCAGAUUGCUUGGAGCAGUGACGAUUGCUAAUGGCGGAGUGAUGCCUAAUAUUCAUGCUCAUCUGCUUCCUAAGAAAUCUCCUGUUGCUUCUUCUAAAGGUGAUGAUUAGGGUUUUGAAUUCAAGCCCUAAAAGGGAUUAUAGUUGUGGAUUUGUCUGUUAGAUUGUAAUUGGCAUCGAUUGUGAAUGGAAGAUUUUGCGACAUUUGAACUUUUGCGAUUUGCUGAUUCUAAUUAAUGUGUUCUUAUUAUGCGCUAAUUUAGGCCACAAAAUGAUGUC